CAUGGAGCGCUGGUGUCGCAGGUUCCGACGCCUCAGUAUAUGAAAUUAGGCAACCCCGGUCCAUUGGGUUUGCUUUCUUUCGCGCUUACGACUUUUGCGCUGGGACUGUAUGAGUGUGGGGCUGGACUCCCACAUUCCAAUCCUCAAGGAGACGUCGGUCCUAACCAAGCAAUCUUUGGUCUCGCCGUCUUCUUUGGCGGCACAGCCCAGUUAAUCGCAGGAAUUCUCGAGUUCCGUGUCGGAAAUACCUUCGGUUCAACAGUCCACUGCUCCUACGGCGCCUUCUGGCUCAGCUACGCCAUGUUCCUCCUGCCCUACCUCGGUAUCGAAGCAGCCUAUAAAGGUGACCAGAGGGCAUACACUUUUGCUCUAGGCAUAUUCCUGAUACUUUGGUGUUUCCUGACACUGUUAUUCUUUAUUGCGGCUUUACGAACGAACGCAGCGAUCCUAUUGGUGUUUUUCUUCUUGACGCUGGCAUUUUUCUUCCUUAGUUUGGCGAACUUUUUGGCUACGGAGCAUCCUACUGCUAGUUUGAGGACUAAUAAGGCUGGUGGCGCGUUUACAGUUAUUUGUGCGUUUUUCGCGUUUUAUGCGGGAGCUUCGGGGCUUAUGUUGCCGGAGACUACGUUUGUUAGGUUUCCUUUGGGUGAGAUUCCGGUUGGUUAGGGUGAUGCAAGUGAGAUUUACGCAUUCCGUGACUCAGUGGCUGCAGACAGGAGAGUGUCGCAGUCUUUUCGCAUGUUGAUACUUGACAGCAGUACGGGGUGCCAAAUAUGCAGAUGAGCAACGAAAGACUGGCCGAAACUGAUUCAACUGCUUUGAAACAACCUGUGCAUCCUUCCUUAAAUAGUCAGCCUCAUCGUCCGUUGUUUUUGUUUACAUUGAUCUCUUCUUCCUACAAGUGACCUUAGACAUAAGUCUUCAAAUGAAUACAAAUACUGCAUUUCUUGGC